GCUCUCUCGGGGAGGAUGCCCGGAGCGGCGGCGGGGGCGGCGGCGGCAGCCUCGGCAGCGGCGGGGAUGCUGCCGGCUCAGGAGGCGGCCAAGCUCUACCACACCAACUACGUGCGGAACUCGCGGGCCAUCGGGGUGCUCUGGGCCAUCUUCACCAUCUGCUUUGCCAUCGUCAACGUGGUGUGCUUCAUCCAGCCCUACUGGAUCGGCGACGGCGUGGACACCCCUCAGGCGGGCUACUUCGGGCUCUUCCACUACUGCAUCGGCAACGGCUUCUCCCGCGAACUCACCUGCCGGGGCAGCUUCACGGACUUCUCCAGCCUGCCCGCGGGAGCCUUCAAAGCCGCCUCCUUCUUCAUCGGGCUCUCCAUGACGCUCAUCAUCGCCUGCAUCGUCUGCUUCACCCUCUUCUUCUUCUGUAACACGGCCACCGUCUACAAGAUCUGCGCCUGGAUGCAGCUGACCUCGGCUGCCUGUCUCGUCCUGGGCUGUAUGAUUUUUCCUGAUGGCUGGGAUUCAGAUGAGGUAAAACGGAUGUGUGGUGAAAAGACAGACAAGUACACACUUGGGGCUUGUUCAGUCCGCUGGGCAUAUAUCCUGGCUAUUAUUGGAAUCUUGGAUGCCCUGAUCCUCUCGUUUCUGGCAUUUGUGCUUGGCAACAGACAAGACAGCUUGCUAGCAGAGGAACUCAAGUUGGAAAACAAAGAUGAUGGAAAUGCUUAAAACAAACUAAGGUAGUAUGAAACUGACUAAUUCCUGCUAAGCCAAUCCUCACUAGAAUGAGCACAAAACAAAAUGAGUAACUGCUUUUGUACAUCAACAUUAAAUGGAAAGAAGCUUGAGGAGCCUUCAAUGGAGAAGAAUGUUGACAAGUGCAAAAAUGCCUGAUUGGUAAGAGCUGCCUUCUAAACAUAGAUCAGCCAGGCAUGGAAGUGAUUUUCUGAAGAGAGAUGCAAUCAUGGAUUACACACCAGCUCAUUAGAAACUGUCACUGAAUACAGCAUUCAGAAGACAUGCAUGAAAAGUCACAUUUAGGGAAUAAAUUAAAAGGGAUGUAGUUGUUGCUAGGCAAAACUUAUGUAAUAUAUGCAUUGAAAAGGUUUGUAAACUCAUUUUUUUAUUCAACUGAAAAGCAAAAAGCUUUAAAACCUUUCACAGUAGGAGAGAGACAGUUAACUCAAGACUAUUUCUGUUCCAGUAGCCAGGAAACUGAUAGGACAUCACUCUUAAAUAAGCAUUUAUAAAUAGACUCUGAAUGUUUCCAUCUCCUAGAGGAAAAAGUAUAACUUUUACUGCAGCAUUUCUGCACUUUGUUUAUUUCACUGUAUAAUAAAUCGGUUAUAAAUGUAAAGCUUCUCAAUUUUUACUGCAUAUGUCCUCUGUUUAAUUUAUGUCUGUAACAAACUUAUAACUGAAGAAUUAUUUCUGACAUAUAUUGUAGUUCUGUGAAGGCAUAUAUACAAUAAGUUUCAUCUUUCUGAAUGUCAUAAUACUGUUGAUUCUCAUGCAACAUAGACUUGCUCCUAUUUAAGGUUGCAAAAUAAAACCACUUAUUUACAAAAAGAAAAGGGAGGGGGAGAAAUUACUUGACACCUGAAAUGUAACACACAGCUGCAGUUAAGCACUUUUGUAUUUUUUCCUGUUCUAUGUCAUAUAAUCACUUAAAUGAAAUCCAGUGGCCUGUGUUCUACAGGAGGUCAGAGAAGAUGAUCUAAUGGUCCCAUCUGGCCUUACAAUCUAUGAAUCUGACUAGUAAACAGGUACAUUUUACAGAAAACUAUGUAAAAGCCCUGGGCCAGAUUCACUGCUAUGCUCUGGCUGCUUUGUGUGGUGUGAUGCAGCUGGAGCACAGCAGUGACUGUGGCCCUUCACGUUUUAUUUUGCUUAUGUGGUGUGAGAGGCAUAUUACCACCGAGUUAUUCUGACUUCUGUGCAACGUUUUGUUGCUAUUCAUAAGGUUCCUUGCCAAGCAAACUCAUUCUGGAAAGCAAUUGAAUAGUAAGAGCAGUCUGAGGCCUGGAAUGUGAGCAGAUAAUUAUUCUAGAGAGGAGUAUUUUAGAAGUGAGCAGCCUUUGUAUUAUUUCCUGAAGCAAUUCUAAGUUCAGAAGAUUUGGAAGGCCACUAUGAUACUUGCUGGCAUUCAGAAAAAGAAGCUAGAAUAACAAUUGAUUAUUAUUACAGGCCCCAAUAACAAAUAGCUCUUGAAGAGGUACAGAGAUAAAACAGGAUUUUAACUUCCGGUUGUAAAUGAGUCACUGCAAAACAAAACUCUUCUGCAUCUAAGUGCAUGAAUCUCAGUUAUGCUUCUUUGGCUGAAGACAAUGUCUGUGACCAAAUUGUCAAUAAAUAAUGACUAGUUAUUAAAUAGCAAUGUUAGCUGUCUGUCAAGGUAGUUAUAUGGCCCUGAUCACCAUAGUAACUGCACACCUAACAUAUAUGCUUGCCAAAUACGUUUACAGAUAAAUUUGGGUGGGAUUUUCAAACACUCUGUCCCUUAGCCCAAGUCUGCAUCCAUUGUAGCCAAAGGGAGUUUCGAUUGACUUCAGUGGAUGCUGAGCACUUUUGAAAGUCACACCCAAAAGUUGUCAUCCAACAUAAAUCUAUUCCUAGUCUCUGUCACCAAAAUAAAGAGGAAGGGUAUAACAUAAGUGACUUACAUGGGUGGGUUUGGAAGCUCAUUAAGGCCCCAAUUCAGCAAGGUAUUUAAGCAUGUGAGCAAUCCCCCUGAAAUCAAUGGGACAAUUCACAUGCUCAAAGUUAGACACAUUUAGGCCUACCUUGCUAAAUGGGGUCUUAAUAAAGCUUGUUGUCAUUUACCAGUGUUGAUAUAUCAUAGGCACACUUUAUCUCAGAAGUCUGUAAAGAGGUUUACCUGAAUGUGCUACAGUAUCGUUGUAAUCAUUUGCUCCAGGGGUUACAUUGUAUUCUCAGAUUAUUGCAGUCAUGAUAUUUUUUCCUGCAAUAGAAACUGCAUUAAUUGGGUUUCUCUGUGCCAUGCAAUUUUGUUACUGCCUACUGAGUUUUGCAUCAUAGUGACUGUAUAACGAAAAAGCCCACUUUAGACAUACAAAUGUUGCAAAAAUGUGUCAUCACAAGACCUUGUGGCUCUACUAUUUCAAUUAAAAUGUACCAUAUGUACAUAAAUAAAGCAAAAAGUUACAAGGAUGUACAUCACUAAAUGUUAAUUAAGUAUAAGUAGUAUGUUUUUAUCUUUUUAAAGGUGAACGCUUUCCCAUUCCAUUCCACUGUAAUGUCAAAAAUGUGUGUAAUUUUUUUUUAAAGUCAACAAACUGUAAAGAAAAUUGUUGGAAUACCUGACUUUCUGUAAAAAACUAAACUGAAAUAAAAUUACUACAA